CGCUCGGACCGGGGAGGAGUUUGCGCUUAAGAAGCGAAGCAGGCAGGGGAGGUGAAGCGGCGGGGCUGUGCCCAAGUUUGAUCAUGUCUGGGGAGCUGGAGAUCAUGGAAGCGCAGCGGAUGUGGGAGCCGGACUCCAAGCGCAACACCAGCAUGGACCGGUUCCGGGCGGCAGUCACCGCGGCUUACGGCAUCCGCCUGGCCAACUACAAUGAGUUUUACCAGUGGUCUGUACAACAUUACUCGGAUUUCUGGGCAGAGUUUUGGAAAUUCAGCGGGAUUGCCUUUUCUCGGCUUUAUGAUGAGGUGAUCGAUCCCUCCAAGAGCAUCGCGGAUGUUCCCGAAUGGUUUAAAGGCAGCCGCUUAAACUAUGCCGAAAACCUCCUGAAGCACGAGGAGAACGAUAAAAUCGCCCUGUAUGCCGCACGGGAAGGGAAGGAAGAGAUCGAAAAAGUGACUUUUGAGGACCUGAGGCAUAGGGUGGCUUUCUACGCUGCAGCCAUGAGGAAGUUGGGGGUGCAGCCUGGAGACCGAGUUGUGGGUUACCUGCCCAAUGGGAUACAUGCUGUGGAGGCCAUGCUGGCUGCUGCCAGCAUCGGAGCCAUCUGGAGUGCGACGUCCCCGGAUUUUGGCAUCAAC